AUGCCUUCUAAAAAAUACUACACAUAUUCGGAAAAAGAAAAGAUAAAUGCUAUUCAAGAGAUCAAAGACUCCAUUAUAGCAUUAGAACGUGAUGUAACAAAGAUACAUCAAAAUCUUAAAAACAUUGGCCGAGAAAUCUAUUAUCUAUAUGAUGCUAUGUCAGAUCCCUUCGAGACCACAUCAUUCUCUGAAACAUCUGAGUUCAGUUCACCCGAAGAAAUUAUAGAGGAGAUAGUUGUAACCAAAGGAAAGAAAGACAAAUGCUAUAAACCAAAAAAAAACCAAGCGAUUUAUAGUUUUAAAAUGGCAACUGAAAUAACUGGUCUAGAGGACAUUAUAGAUAGUACAAGUAAAAAUAUAAAAAAGGUUUUCCAAAAUGGCGUUAAACCUGAAGACAAGCAAGAGACAUAUCUGCCAAUCGGAUUAAUUGAAUCGGAUAAAUUAUCAUGUAUGGCUAAGAAAUCGAGGAAUAAUAGGCGCAAGACCGCAGGGCAACUGGCAUUAUCACUGUCAAGAAUAUAA